GAUGUGCUGACAACAAUAUCAUAUUUGAUACAUUUUAAAAAUUGUAAAGAUCACUUUAUAUCAGAAUGAAAGUGUAUUUUUGGACUAUUUUACUUUGAGUGUUUUAUGAAAUGAAACUUUGUGUGAGUCCAACAACAUGAUGAUAGACAUAAUGUGUACUAAUUCAAAUACUAAUGAAUUUGUUAAAACCCACAAUCUAAGCAAAAGGAAAAAAUCCCCGACCUUUAAGCAUUUCAAACCCCUUUAUCAGAAAUCCCUCCCACCACAGUCAGCCAGGCGACAUUUACAGUGAAGACCCUUUGCUUUUAUCUUAUCAGUCACCGAGAUGGAGCGAGCAAUAGUUAUUGUCAUCGCGCUUGUAUCAGGUAUUUUGUUCUGUGAACAGCGGAGAGUCUUUGGGGCAGAAGUGGACAUGAGAGUUAAAGCAGGAGACAGCAUCACUCUCUACUCUGACUGUGUCAUACCAUUAGGAUCACACAUUUUUUGGUGGAGAAACUGCUCACAUGAGCAUCAACCAUCUCUGUUCAUAGAGGCUGAAAACCUGUUCCAGAGGACUUUUCCACGUUUUAGUUUCGUGCCCAACAGCUCCAGUAACUCCUAUGAUCUACAUAUUACAAAUAUCAGUGUCUCUGAUGAGGGACUGUAUUAUUGUGCAAUAAAAGAAAGAAAUGUACACGGCAUCGUAGGCUCUGAGUACCAGUAUGGAAACAGAAGGACUCGUCUAUCUCUCUUGGAGCCAGCGUCUCCUCAUGCUGAGCAGUUCAACACCUCCUCCACACCUUCUGUAUCAGACCUCUGCUGGAGUCCGCUGUUCAGUGUGUGUCCAGUGUGUGUUCUCCUCUUCUCCGUCUGUGUUUUCUGCCUCUGUCGGAGGAAAACUACAGUUGCUGCAGCAACACAGACUGAGAACAGAUAUUACCAGAGUGGAGAUGAAUUGUGCUACGCCUCAUUGAACACACUUUCCAUGCUGAAGAAAAAUACACUGCAGAAUUCAGACUUCUGUACUUACACGGAGGUCAGAACCAAGAGAACAUAAAGAGAGGAGUCUGGAACUCUCUAGGGCUUGAAAUAUUUAACCCUCGGUUA